GACAAGAAUUUAUGUGAAUAGAGUUGUUCCUUGGGCGGUGAAAGUCAUUGGGAGCUUGGAUCCUUGUUCUUUGAGUGGCACAGAUAUAUCAUUUCUAUUUUUUCUUUUUUUAUGUUUUUGAAUGAAGAUCCAAGCUUCGAAUGACUUCCGCUACCCAAGGAACAGCUCUAUACACAUUAAUUCUCGUCCUACUUUGGAAUUGAUUCGCAUACUCAUGACAAUAUGUUUUAACAAUACACGAAAAAAUAAUUAAGUAAAGUUUUAAAUAAUUAAUAAUAAAUUAAAGGCCAUAUACGAAGUAAUAAAUAGUUUAUUACUUUUUCUUCUAUGUUUCUAUGAAUUUCGACACAUCCUUGAUACCACCAUCUAUUAACAGCACUUGCAAAUCCUCUGUGAUGCAGCAACUUGAGAGCUUGAUUUCCACGUAAUAGUUCCACUAAUCACCCCGUGAGUCUUGAAUCAGUGCCGACAACAAUUCAUCUUGUAUAAACAUUCUCACUAUUGAGGUGUGAGACAUUGCAAUCCUAAAAUGUUCUUAACAUUCCCACUAAUCACCCCCGUGUGUGUGUGUGUGUGCGCGUGCACGCGUGCAGGCGGGCGAGUGUGCGUGCGUGCGUGCGACCUCCGUAGCAGGACAAUUGAAAAGGUGGAUCGUACUACAUCAUGAAUGCUUGAAUCACAGCAUUAUAAUUUUGUAUGUGUUAGGAUCGUACUACCUCUCUUGGUUUUAUGUGUAGAGAUGGGAUCAUAUUAGCUUCUUGCUCUCCCAAGAGCACUAGAACAAGAAAGUAGAACCUUAUAUUGGGAUAGAUAACAAAUGAAACGUGGAACAUUUUAAGGGCAGACAUUUUUCUACCACUAUAUGUAUUCUCAGCAUCAAACUUUGUGGAAAUUCGUCCAUAUAUGCUUUGCACAAGGGUCGGUGAUCCUGUAGACAAACUCUUCUGGAAACAGGUGAAAUAUGCAGUCCUACAUCACGCUAGCCAUUUUCCCCUGAAAAUUAUCAUUCACAAGGUUAUCUUUGUUGUAGUGAUGCCUAUAUGAGAGAAAACAUAAAGAAAGAAUGAUGCCAGUGAACCUCCUAGCUGCACUCCUCUUUCAAGACAUGAUGAAACAAUUCUAUGGUCUGAUUAAGCAAUCACAUCAUCCUUUUCAAGAUCCAGAUAUUUUCUUUGUUGACCAUGAAUACGGACCCGUGAACUGUAAUUUUUCUUUUGGAUCUAAGGCAGGGCUUGGAUUACUUUCAAUGAUAGACGGGUUGGUUAACCUUUUUUUGCAGAGCUGAUAUACAUUGAUCCAUAAGUUGUAUUAAUGUUAUCCUUGCUUCACUAGGAAAUCCACCACUAUGACAGCUAAGGAAGCAGUAUCAUUUGGCAGAUGGGCAAUUCGGCGAGCCGCAUUUCAAGAUGGGAUUUUAGACGGAGUUGCUUAGGGUAUUUCAUCAUUUUCCUCAUCUGGUUUUGAUAUGUGAAUUCCGAAACCUUUCUCUGCCAUGUCAAACAUAACUUUUACAAGAGUCAGGUAUGACAUUUUCUGAUAAUAUUACAUUAACAUUGGACCUAACACCAGGUCUGAAAUUGUUCACUCAAGAUAAAUAUUAGGAUUGAUAUGCAUAACCUCUAUUUUGUUUUUUCCAUCAUCUCCGACGGGGCCAAAUCUCUAUGUUUUAAACAUAUGGGUCAAAUGUUUUUUCCAUUUUGAAGGUGUGACUGCCACCUCAUCAAACCAAACUUUGCCAUCCUUGCAUUAUUUAAUGCACCUCACAUGCUCUCAAUCUCGUGCACCUUAGCUAGCAAAAAUAUUCUCUUCUCUCCUCUCUUUUGACAGUCCUUAUAGAGGUUGUCAAAAAGCUGCAUACUUAGAUGCCAAAACUAUCAAUUUCGCCCUCUUAUGGGCAAUUUUUAUACCCCGCUUGUAAAUACCUCAUAAUCUCCCAACCCGACAUUCCAUGAGCUCCUUAUAAGCUGCUUUCUUGUCUUCUUUUCCUUGAACUACACUAUUCCGACGGCAGUAUGCACAUAAAUUCAGUAUGGUACAAGCCACCUUAUUCUUUCUAUUAUAAAUAUGAAUUCUUCAGCUUUUGCAUUUGAACUAGGGACAAAUGUGUUCAGCUUUGCUGACCUAUAUUAUGGCUUUCAUGUGAUUCUAGUUUAUUAUGUUGGCCCUCAUGGAUGGGAGCCAAUGUUGUAUGAUGAUGUUUUGAAUGCUGGCCUCUACAAUCCUAUCUCGGUGCACUCAGUAGAUCAAGAAGAGCCAACAAAUGAAGACAGAGAAUGGAUGGAUCGUUUACAAAGUCUUGAAAAGUAUCAAAAACAAGUUCUUCCAUCUGUAUAAAAGCAGUAGUCAUUGCAGUACACAGAUAUGAGGCAAAGGUUUGCAUUGAUGCUUAACAGACGUUUUCGCAGUGUGAACUCUAUUAUAUGUAUACUAUCUCAAAGACGUUAAUUAGAGCACUUGUUCACUGCUGGUAAAUCGUAGCAGGUUUCUGGUAUUGCUAUUGAAUUGUCUGUUGAUGGCCACCAACGACCUAGGAUUUUUUGUUGGGC